AAUUACAAAGGACUGGGUUAGUAAAUAAGAUAUAUGGAGGAUGGAGUAGGAUGGGUGGCGGUAAUGCAACUUUACGAAUGGCAGCCGCCAUAAAACUCACAAAAGCAAGAAGAAGAAGAAGCAGGAAGCAAACCCCACAGAACAAGGAAAAUACUUCCUGCUUUUACAAAUUAUAUUACAAGGGUGACGUUUGUCAAACAUUUUAAUCGUGUGCUCUGCGAACCUUCUGCUUUCGUGACCUUUGAAUAUCUCCCCCUAUUUUAUAUAAAUGCCGAAACACAACAGAGAACUGGUCAUGAAGUAGUCUUCAUAUCAGCCACUUGAUGUAAGAUAGUCAGUUUGCUAAGUUAGCUUGACGCUAACCCUAACUAUCUGGGAUAUCUGGAAGCUAGCUUUCGAGAUAGACAUCGAUAGAAAGGGCUUGUACAUUUAUUAGCGCGCUUCUUUACAUUAUGGAGAAUAAAUAUAACCUCAGAAGUCCAGCGGUUAAAAGACUGAUGAAAGAGGCUGCUGAACUGAGGGAUCCCACAGAACACUACCAUGCUCAGCCACUGGAAGAUAACCUCUUUGAAUGGCAUUUCUCAGUGCGUGGACCACCAGACUCUGAUUUUAAUGGUGGAGUUUAUCAUGGCAGGAUUGUACUUCCUCCAGAGUACCCCAUGAAGCCCCCCAGCAUCAUCCUUCUCACACCAAAUGGCAGAUUUGAAGUUGGAAAGAAGAUUUGCCUUAGCAUUUCUGGUCACCACCCAGAGACAUGGCAGCCUUCUUGGAGCAUUCGAACUGCUCUCAUAGCUAUAAUUGGAUUCAUGCCGACAAAGGGAGAAGGUGCAAUAGGAUCACUUGAUUAUACCCCAGAGGAGAGAAGGACCCUUGCCAAAAGGUCUCAGGAAUUCUACUGUGAAACAUGUGAUUGUUCCAUGCGCUCUGCUCUUCUGGCCCUCACCUUAAACAGUAAACCCAGUGCAGAAGACCACAAGGCAAAAGAACUGGCUCAGCAAAUAAACUUCAAGGCAGAUUCCAUGCUAUCCAUGCAGACAAGUGAGAAUGGAAGUGCAGAUAGAGACCCAUCUGCAUUCAACCAGUGGGACACAUUCUCUUCAGAGGACCAGGAAGCUCUCGACCAGCUCUUAUCUGAACAGGCAGAAACAUCUCAAUCCACAGAAAUAGAGGGAUCUUUGUCCUCCAAGACCUCCAGCACUUUUAACGCUCAACAGCAUUGCCGUAAACGUCAGCACAGCUCUCUGACCCUGCAACAAAACCUCCAGGCUCAGACGGACAGUCGAGAGCCAGCACACAGACCAGUCUCCACGCCAGUCCCUUACCAACCUCAGGAUGAGCGCCAUGCAGGACCAGUUCUUCUCAUUGUGGUCCUUACUCUGGCUCUGGCUGCCCUUAUCUUUCGCAGAAUUUUUUUGGCUCAAAACUUCAAGUUUGAUUAUGAGCUGUGACAACACAUCAAGCACUUAGCCCUACCAAUAUUGUAAAUCAGCCAGUCUUGCACCAUUCUAAUUAAAUAAGUACUUUUAUGCUUUUACUGAAGUAGAAGCAAAGUUAAGGCAACAGCUGCUGGGGAGGUCAUCAACUCACCCAUAGCACAGUUUUCUUUAAUGUUUGAAUUUUGUUCUCUGGCUUGUCAUGUAUUUUUAAGAUCAGGGAGCAUUAUGGUUUAUUAUCAAUGCUUUGGCAAUAUAUACUGUUCCCUAGAUAGUGUUUCUACUUUUAUGUAAUUCCUACUUUUAUUUUGCAGUGUGAGUAGUCAUAAUGUGUAUGUAUAAUGCGAAUGUGUCCUACCUUCCAAUCAAAUGGAAGGAAUACAUCUUGGCCCAAUUCAAACACCAAUGGCAUGACAACAAUAACAACAUUUCUGUUUGGGAAGAUGUUUUUAAUUUGUUGUAUCACAAUAUAUACUAUAUACAGGUAUUACAGUUAAGUUUCUCACACUCAAUUUGGAUAGUGAGCAACUACUAGCAACUAGCAAGAGACCGUCUUGCACAUAUUAAUGUGAUUUUUUACUCAUCAAAGGACACAGCAUUGAUAGAAGGGGCUAAAACUAAAAUUUUCAAAACAACCACUCACUGUAAGGUGUGUUAAAUGCUACAAUUUUGGUCAAAUAAAGAGUCUUUGUCCUUUGUACCCAGCUGUUACUUUACUGCGUUUUAUCGUAAAGGACUGCGGGUUUAUUUUUACAUUGUGCCACCAUUUCUUCAUUUUUUUGGCCUGUCUGUCUUGUUGCUUUUUAUUUAUAAUGUAUAACGCUUUAUUGCUGUUUUGGCAAUAAACAGCUGUGUAGCUGUAGUGGAUUCAAAUUAAUGAUAUAAUAUUAAUGCAGAAAAAGGGGCACAAGGUUUUGUUUUAAAGUUUUUGUUAAUUUAAUCAAAUGCCAGAUGGCAAUUUAAUGGGUUAUGAAUUAUGAUCAAUAAAAAUAAUAUUUUUUCUUGUC